AUGUCUGCUGAACGGCCACCUUGGGCCCAGACGUCCGACAUCUGGAACUCAAUCUCUGAAUUAGACGAUGACCGCAAGCUUCGAGGGCCUCUAAGAAUACUUGGCCAAGCUAACGAUGGCAGCAUAGACCAGCAGCUACCCUAUCCAGAUCGCAGGAUCGCGUUGGAAGUCUACGAAAAUUAUGCGGUUGGACCUUACGCAAAAAUUGAGGCUUACGCCUAUGACCAGACACUCUCACCCUCAGAGAAGCAUAUCGUUGACUCCAAACAAAUCGGAUUCUGCAUCGGCCAGGUCUUCAACCGCGAGCACGCCUUGGACAACUGCUUCAGCAUCUCGUCUAAAAACGCUGACUACCAGACCCGAGUCUUUCUCGACUUCGCCUACGACGACGCCGGCCACCUUCUCCCCAGGUUCGUCGACCCGGAAUACAACCCAUUAGACUACGACGAUACCACCACCGACCCUCUCGCCAACCACGACCUCGUCAGCGAGCACAGCUUCGUCCUUGUCGAGGGUCUCGGAGUAGACGCCUCAUACCGGCGCAUAGGCGUCGGCGGCUCGCUGCUGGAUGCGCUGUUAAACGAAGCCUUACUCAUGCUCCCGUCCAUCCGCUUCGCCGUCUCGUGGCCGAGUGCCAGCGACAGUACCGACCUGAACGACCCUGAACCAUCCUCUGCGUCAAAGCCGGCGGAGAUAACGGCGGGUGGUACCACCACUACUACUAAUGGUGGCGGCGGUAGCGACGGCCCGCGUCGGACCGGCCAGAUGCGGGCUGAAGCAUUCCACCGCGCGGCGGGGUUCCGUCGGCUCGGGGUGACGCGCUUCUGGGCCAAGAGGCUCGAACCAUCGGCUUGA